AAUUUGUAUACCAUGUCUUGUUUUAUCCAAACAUAUGGCAAUUUUUAAAGAAGCUAAAUUGAAUUGGAGAAAAAUUUGUUUUUUGCUUUUUGGAUUCUAAAAAUAACUAAAGUCUUUCUAUUCAAAAAUGAAUCUCUGGUGGAGAUCAUCGUUGCUGAAGCGGGACACAUUCUUUAAUGUUCCCGACGCCAAGACAUUUCCGAACUUUAAACCUUCGUAUGAAAACGAAAAACACGAUAUGUGGGCCGUGAUGAGGAUGGACUAUCAGAAGCGGUGGGAAGCCGAAAGGGACGAAGUUAGGGACGACUACGAAUUUUACAGAAAGGAAAAGAUGAAAUACUUGCAGAGACGUUACGUCACAAGGAUGAAGAAGGCAGAAAUGCGCAAGGAACAGCUCCUGGGGAGGAAAUUGGCAGAAAUGUCUAUUCGCAGCAAGUUUUCAGGUGUACCAGCCCGCGUCGACUCGAAUCUGAAGAGGAGCCAGAGCGAGGCGUCGAGGCCCACGAGAGGAUCUGGCGACGGCUCGAAGAAAGUUGAACUUAAAAAAAGUUCGGAGACCGCCAAAAACAAAGUCGCUGCCAAGAAGACCCCUCUGGGAGAUAAGGAGGCAUCAAAAGUCCCUAGUUUAAAAACCCUUCCAAAAUGUUGCGAGGCCAACAAAGAAAAACUGGAAGAAGAAAAGCCCAUCGAGGAACCCGAUAAAAACAAUAAGGAAAAUGAGUGUUUAUGUAAAAAAUGUGAAUAAAAAAAAGUGAAACCUU